UUUUGGUAAUUUUUACCGGCAAUUUGUUGCAUUUAUUUUAUCCAGGAAUAAUAAACAAUAUAAAAUGCGAGCUGUUACAGAACCCGAUCAUUCCAUCCAGCUAAACGAGACUAUCUAUUGCUACGAAAUCUGCACCAAUGACUUUGCCUACAAUCUGAUUGCAGUGGCGCUCAAGAAGCAAUUGAGUUUGAUACUCGUGGGACUGCCGGAGGAGAGCGGCGAGUUUGGUUACACACACCUGCAGGACCUGGACGUCUUCGACAAGGAUCAAAGGAGCGUCAGUGCAUUGGCCUUUUCGCCGGACACCUCGCUCAACUGCACGCCGAAUAAUGUGACUUUGUGCGCCGCCCUUGGCAGCCAACUUAAUCUAUUCCGCACGGAUCUCGGGCAAUUUAAUACCCUCCAGGUGCUCGAGGGCCACGGCGACUAUGUGAACGAUGUUUCCUGGGUCUGCGAGGGUGAACUGCUGGCCUCCGUGAGCGAUGACUUCACCUGCCGCUUCUGGACAAUUGCCGGCAGUGGGGAGAAUGUAGUCACCUUCGGCCUGUCCUCCGCGGGAAUGUCCAUCAAGAGUCAUCCCGAGGAUCCCAACAAGGUGCUUGUGGCGGAGAAGAAAGGCAUCAUCCAUCUGUACAAUGUGCGGAGCAAGCAGACGGUCAUCUCUGUGGAGUCACCCAAAUUCCCGCUCAUGUCGGCGGAUUGGGCCAAUAGCAAUAGGCUCUUCAUCACCUCCCUCGCCGGCGGAGAUGUGAUCACCUGGGAUCUCAACAGACCCUUUGUGCCCGCCGAUGUGAAGCAGGUUCACGAGGAUUGCGGCCGAGUGGUGCGAUUUGCACCGGGAAGCUCCGAAAUGGUCAUUGCCCUGAUCAUUGGGCUAACUUUAAAGGUUUUUGCAGCCAAGUCCACGGUUCCCUUGCUGGAGGCUCCCCUGAAAACCUUUGGCGGAAUGGCCUGGCACCAGCGAUUGCCAUAUAUCUCCGCGGUUUCUGAUAGGAAACUGCUCUUCUGGAAAGUGCAGAUGAAGUAAAGCAUGCAGAAC